UCCGGGGAGACCAGAUAUAGUGAAUGCAGGGUCCGGGGAGACCAGAUAUAGUGAAUGCAGGGUCCGGGAGACCAGAUAUAGUGAAUGCAGGGUCCUGGGAGACAAGAUAUAGUGAAUGCAGGGUCCGGGGAGACCAGAUAUAGUGAAUGCAGGGUCCGGGGAGACCAGAUAUAGUGAAUGCAGGGUCCGGGGAGACCAGAUAUAGUGAAUGCAGGGUCCGGGAGACCAGAUAUUGUGAAUGCAGGAUAUAGUGAAUGCAGGGUCCGGGGAGACCAGAUAUAGUGA